AGCAUACACUGUUCUUCACUUUCGUUGUCCUAAGUUUGUGGAGACUUAGCUGUUUCGUUUUAGACAAAGAAGAAAAACACAGAUGGCAUUCUCUAACCAAAGCUUUCGGCGGGGUUCGAGCUCCCACUUCUAUCCUCCUGCACCCAGUGUCAGCGGUUUGACCGUCAGGAAAACAGCCAUCCAAAAGUUUCAAGCACCUAGUGUCUAUGGGGGAGCUGGUGGCUAUGGCACCCGCAUAUCUGCCAGCACCAACUACGGACAAGGCUUUGGGGGAAAAUUCGGCAGUAACUUCCAGCUUAGUAUUACGGGUAACGAUGAACUGCUUACGGGCAACGAGAAAACAGCCAUGCAAAACCUAAAUGACCGCUUGGCUUCAUACCUGGAGAAGGUCCGCUCUCUGGAAAAGGCAAACUCCCAGAUCGAAAAGCAGAUCAAGGAGUAUUAUGAGAAGAACACCUCAGACCUAAGGCAUGACCAUAGUCCAUACUUCAAAAUCAUUGAAGAGCUCCAAAAUAAGAUUGGUGUUGCACAGCUGGAAAACGCAAGGCUUGUCCUGCAGAUUGACAAUGCCAAACUGGCUGCUGAUGAUUUCAGAGUGAAAUUUGAGAACGAACACUUGCUCUUGCAAAGUGUGCAGAAUGACAUUACUGGACUGCUCCGAGUCCGUGAUGACUUGACCUUGACGAAAUCUGAUUUGGAGUCACAGAUUGAAAGUGUGAACGAAGAAAUAGUUUUUCUUAAGAAGAACCAUGAGGAGGAAGUUUACAGACUGAGCAAACAGGUGGGUGGCUCAGUUAAUGUAGAGGUGGAUGCUGCUCCAGGUAUCAAUCUUGCAACUAUUAUGGAAAACAUGAGACGGCAAUACGAAGAAAUGGCAGAUAAGAACCGCGAAGAAGCCAAACAACGAUUUGAAAAACAGACCGAAGAACUGAACCAGGAAGUAGCAAUCAAUACUGAACAGCUGCAAAACCAAAGGAGAGAGAUCGUAGAACGGAGACAGACCUUUCAGGGCCUGGAGCUAGAAUUACAGUCCCACCUUAACAUGAAAAAGUCUUUAGAAGAUACCCUGGCUGAAACUGAAGCACGUUAUAGCUAUCAGCUUGCUCAGAUACAGGAAGCGGUUGCCAAUCUAGAGGCUCAGCUGAGACAGAUCCGAGCUGACAUGGCAGGUCAGAGCAAUGAGUACAGUAUACUGUUGGAUAUCAAGACGCGUUUGGAGAUGGAGAUUGCCACGUACCGCCGCCUCCUGGAAGGAGAGGACAGUGGGCAUUUCCAACUGGAUACAGCUAAAGAAGAGACUGAAAAAGAUUUAAGUAAAGUUAAGAAGAUCAAGACAAUUGUUGAGGAGGUGGUUGACGGCAAGGUCGUCUCCUCUCAGAUCAGUGAAAUUGAAGAUAAGAUGUAAAAGCACCAGCACAAAGGAGACGGCAUUUGAGCGUCGUGGAGCUGAUACCAAAACUACGUGAUUAUAGAGGACUCGAUCUAAUUCUCCCCGAAAUCAACAAGGGUGGAAACAUGUCAAAUCAUCAAAUGUCAAACAAUUUACUUUUUUUCUGUGGGAAUAUGAAUAAAAAUAAUGUUUUGUAUCACUAAGUUACAAAGUACAAAAUAUCCUUUAAAGUUUUGGGUUUACAUAGUGAAUAGAUGAAAAAAUAGAAAUCAGCAUUUUAUAAAUGUAUUAUUAUUUCCAAAAUAGAUAAAAACUGUAGUAUAAGUUUUUACUUAAAUUAGAUUUUUUUAAAAUUAAAAAGAUUUGCUCAGUGUAAAUAUGAAAGCUGAAUGACUGACAGCAUAAAUUUACUACAGCUAUUGAAAUAAUUUAAAUUAAAUUUUGAAAAUAUUGAAGCAAUGUUUACUAGUGACGUUUUUAAGAAACUCAAAGCACUAAACUGGUGAAAGUCAUCCGAUGAAGACAUGGGCCAAAAUCUGUUCAUGUGCUUAACAAGCUUUUGAAGGUAGUCAACUCUUCUGAAAGCACUAUGAGAAUUUUCUCCUCAUUUCUUCAGAUAGUUCACUUCAACCUCUGGUUCAUUAAGUUUUCUCACGCUUUCAAUAUAUUAAUAGAUGGAAAGUUUAAGAAGGUAUCUGCUGUCUCUGAAACCUUGAAGGACACGUCAUCAAGGCUUUAUGAGAAAGAAUUUACUAGAUACAGAUGAUACACACUCUAUUUAAUAAGUAAAUAAGUUAAACUGCAAUCCAAGGUUUAGCGAUCUAGCCUUUUCUCUUAUGUUUUAGCACGGAGAAAGUAGAUUUGUUUUAAAAAAUAUUUUAAAAUGUUGAUUCAGUGCAUCUUUUCUGAAGUUGAACUACCAUUCAAAUGCAAUGCAGCUUCACCUCAGUAAAAACGGAUUUUCUAAUAAAUCAGAAAUGUCAAUUUCGAUCAUCAUAAAUUAAAAUGUAAAAUUUAA